AUGAAUUUGUGGCCACCAAAUCCGCAUGCUAGACCUGGCCAAGCUCGCAGCCAGCCGCGGCGUAAAGUCCACCGUCAUCACCACACCUCUCAACCUCUCCCGCCUCCGCCACGGCCUCUCUGGCGACCUGCCCCUCCACUUCCUCACCGUCGACUUCCCCUCCAUCGCUGCAGGCCUGCCCGAGAACUGCGAAAGCCUCGACUCUCUCCUUCCCGUCUUUCUUCAUACAGCUUCAGCAGAGCCGUCAUGAUGCUCUGCCCUCAGGCAGAAGAUCUCGUCCGCCGCCACCGCCCCGACGCCAUCAUCUCCGACGUCAACCUCCCCUGGACGGCCCAGGUGGCACGCAAGUACGACAUUCCCCGUAUCAUCUUCCACGGUACGUGUCUCUUCUCUCUCUGCGUCUCUGACUCUGUCACUAGAUACAGACCCUACGAGGGUAUAGACUCCGAUUACGAGCUUUUCCUCGUUCCCGUUUUGCCCGAGAAGGUUCCCAUCGCGAGGUCCUGGAUGCCUAGCCGGUUCUUCCGCCGACUGGGUCUGCAAGAUUUCUCCGCGGAUUUCGCAGAAGCAGAGCGGAAUACAUACGGCGUCGUGGCCAACACUUUAUUCGAAAUCGAACCGCAAUACGUCGAUCAUUACGGGAAGAUUACCGGGAAGAAGGUGUGGCCGGUCGGACCGGUCUCGCUCUGCAACGAGGAGGGUCUGACCAUGGCGGAUAGGGGAAACAGAACUUCAAUUGAGAAGGGCCAGUGCCUCUCUUGGCUCAAUUCGAAGGAACCCAACUCGGUGAUCUAUGUCUGUUUUGGGAGUCUCUGCGUGUUUGCCGAGUCCCAAUUAGUCGAGAUCGGACUGGGUCUUGAAGCCUCGAUGUGUAAUUUUAUCUGGGUCGUCAGAGACGGCACCGGCGACGGCGUUGCGCUGGGCGAUUUGAGGAGAGAGUGA